AUGAAACACCUAGCAUGGAACUGCCGAGGGCUUGGGAACCCUCGGACAGUUCGAGAGCUUCACCUCAUGGUGAAGGAGAAGAGCCCGGAUGUCAUUUUCCUAAGUGAGACCAAGUGUAAAAGAGCAAGGAUGGAAGGGAUUAGGAACAAACUGAAUUAUGAUCAAAGCUUCAUUGUGGACUGCGUUGGUAGAAGUGGUGGCAUUGCUUUCUAUUGGAAGAAAGAGGUGGAGGCAGUAUUGAAUUCAUACUCAAACCAUCAUGUCUCUUUAACUUUGUACCCUGAGGAAUUGGAUAGAAGCAUCCUAUUAACUGGCUUUUAUGGACAACCAGUAGCUGCUAGAAGGAAAGAGAGCUGGAAUUUAAUUAGACUCAUACAUUCCAAUAUCCAGUGCCCGUGGUUAUGUUUGGGAGAUUUCAAUGAAAUUCUCCUUCAAGAGGAACAAUUUGGCUCCCAUGCUAGAUCAUUUCAUCAAAUGGAGGCAUUCAGAACAGUGGUUGAGGACUGCGGUCUGCAAGACUUAGGAUCCAGUGGGGACAAUUUUACUUGGAGUAAUAGAAGAGAGGGGUCAGAUUUCACUAAAGCCAGACUGGAUAGAGCCUUUGUCGAUAAGGAUUGGAGGGACCUCAAGUUCAUCAAUUCAGUGUUAGUCUUACCAGCUCAAUGCUCAGACCAUAAUCUCAUUCUUGUUACUUGCUCAAGCUCUUAUGCAGCUAAAACUCUUAGACCUCAUAUCUUCAGGUAUGAAGCAGCAUGGGGUAAGAGGGAGGAAUGCAGUCUCAUAGUUAAACAAGCCUGGCUCCUAAGUUGUCACCUCAAUCCUAAGACAAGAGCUUCUCGAGAAGGACUUAAUAACUGUAGAGAGAAACUGAAAACUUGGGGCAGGAAAGUAUCUCAAGAACAUAAGAAGAUUCAGCAAGCUCAAGCAGAGAUUGACAAACUGUUAGAGAUUGAAGAGAUAAAAUGGAGACAAAGGGCAAAACAAAGAUGGCUUCGAGAAGGAGAUAGGAAUACUAAAUACUUUCAUCAAUGUGCUUCCCACAGGAGAUUGAUCAACACAAUUAAGAAAGUAGCCAAUGAGAAAGGAGUCACAGCCAAUAAUCAGGAGGAAGUAAGUCUGGCUUUUCAAGAUUUCUAUAGGAACCUUUUUUCUACUUCUGCUCCUAGAGGAAGUGCAACUUUGCUUCAAUCUUUCCAGGCCCGAAUCUCAAGUGAAAUGAAUAGAACUUUAACUAGACCAUAUUCCAAAGAGGAAAUCCAAAGAGCCAUUCUUGAUAUGAACCCUUUGGGCUCACCAGGGCCAGAUGGUUUUCCAGCCCUAUUCUAUCACCAGCACUGGCCAGCAGUUGGUAAAGAAGUCACUGAGGCAGUUUUGGAACUACUGAACACAAGGAAGGGUUUCAAAGACAUAAACCGUACCUUUAUAUCCCUUAUACCAAAGAAGAAAGUCCCUAAAUCUGUUACAGACUUUAGGCCUAUAAGUCUCUACAAUGUCUUCUAUAAGAUCAUUGCCAAAGUGAUAGCUAACAGAUUAAAAGUCAUCCUGCCAAGUGUCAUAUCUCCAAACCAAAGUGCAUUUGUGGCAGGAAGAUUAAUCUCGAAUAAUGUGGUUGUGGCUUAUGAACUCUUGCACUCUAUGAAGAACAGACUCAAAGGUAGACAUAAUGGAUACAUGGCACUCAAGCUUGACAUGAGCAAGGCAUACGAUAGAGUAAAAUGGAGCUUCUUACAAAUAGCAUUGUUGAAGAUGGGUUUUGAUAGCAGCUGGGUGGACUUGGUGAUGGAAUGUGUAACAACAGUUAGCUACUCAAUCCUUGUGAAUGGCAUCCCACAGCUAACCUUCCAACCAGCAAGAGGAAUUCGGCAGGGGGACCCCCUCUCUCCCUAUCUCUUCAUUAUUUGCUCAGAAAUGCUAACCCACUGUCUGAACCAGGUAGAAUCACAAGGGGCAAUAACAGGAAUUCCAAUGGCAAGGGGAGCCAUGAGAGUUACUCAUUUGUUUUUUGCAGAUGACAGCCUUGUGUUUUGUAAAUCCAACCCAGAGGAAUGGAAUAGAAUGCAUCGUACUCUAUCAUCAUUUGAGUUGGCAUCUGGACAGCGCCUCAACCUUGAAAAAACCUCCAUCUUUUUCAGCAGCAACACUAAGCCAGACACUCAACUCUCUAUUUUAGAGCUAGCAGGCAUCAAAGCAACAGAAGCAUUCGACAAAUACUUGGGUCUACCAUCUUAUGUUGGUAGGAACAAACAAAAAGCCUUCAGCUCAUUACUUGAUAAAGUUAAAGGAAAGAUGUCAAACUGGAAAGUUAAUAUGCUGUCUCAAGGAGGUAAAGAAAUUCUGUUGAAAUCAGUUUUACAGGCCAUCCCAACGUAUAGCAUGGGUAUUUUUCUCCUGCCAAAAGUUAUUUUAAGAAGGCUUAACCAACUUCUACAGUCUUUCUGGUGGGGCCGAAAGGAUAACAGAUCCAAGAUUCACUGGAUCAGUUGGAAGACCAUAGGAAAACAGAAGAGCAAAGGAGGACUGGGGUUUAGGGACUUUGAACAGUUCAAUUUAGCCUUACUAGCAAAGCAAGGAUGGAGGCUCAUACAAGACCAAAACUCCCUUGCUGCACAGGUCCUUAAAGCAAAAUAUUAUCCUACCUCGAGUUUUCUCUCAGUCAGAAAGAGAGUCUCGGACUCCUAUGUAUGGAAAAGCUUCCUUGAAGCCAGACAUGUUCUUGAAGAGGGCUUGCUAUGGAGAGUAGACAAUGGUAAAAAUAUUAAGAUUUGGGUUGAUAAGUGGGUGCCAAGGCUGUCCUCCUAUAUGAUACAAUCCCUUGUGAGUGUAUUAGACAAGGAGACUUCAGUUGACCAACUAAUCAACCCUGGGACCAUGCAGUGGAACCUCGACUUAGUCCAUUCAAUUUUUUCAGAAGAGGAGGGCACUAUGAGUGAGGAUGGUGUGGGACAACCUUCAAAAAACAACACGGGUUCUAAGGUAUGGGAAAGGCUGUGGAGUAUCAAGGUUCCUAAUGGAACCAAAUCCUUUCUGUGGAGAGCAGCAAAGGAGUCACUUCCUACUAAUCUCAACCUGCUAAAGAAGAAGGUAGUGACAUCUCCCUUAUGCCCCAUCUGCCUCACUAAAGAGGAGACAGUCUCCCAUGCUCUUUGGUCAUGCAAGUCAGCCCAAGACGUAUGGUAUUUAGGCUCGAGACAAUUACAGAAGAUGAGUAGUUUUGCUGAGUCUUUCAGAGAGCUUCUUGAAUCUAUGCUUGAUAAGUUUCCCUCUGAAGUAUUGUGUGAGAUGGCAAUAACAGCCAAACUGUUGUGGCAUCGAAGAAAUUGCCUAGUGUUUGAGGAUUCAUUCUCUUCACCUGCUAAGCUCUCCAAAAGGAUCCAAGCAGAAGUGGCACUAAUUAGAUCAGAAGCUGAGCAAAGAGCUAUUAAGCAGCCAAAACAAGAUCUGAGCCCUCAAACGUGGACACCUCCCCCUCUAGGAGUGCUCAAAGCAAACUGGGAUGCUGCUGUAGAUAAGACUAACUCAAGGGUGGGACUUGGGGUUGUCAUCAGAGACUCCAAGGGCCUUCUGGUAGCUACUUUGUGGGCAUGCAAGGCCAUGCUCCCGGAUCCCAUACUUGGGGAGGCAGCUGCUGCUCUUCGAGCUACAUCACUCUAUGCUGAUCUGGGUUUCACUCACAUUGUGUUGGAAGGUGAUUCAUUGGGAAUAGUCAAGGCAGUGCAGCAGACAUAA